AUGUCUCGCUACUUGGAGUACUUGGAGUCAUCGAGAUUCUUCCUUGAGGAGCUUCCAGACUCAAACGUUGAACUUUUCAAUCAAGUACCUACUGUUACGCACUUUCCUCAAUUCUUCAACCUUCCACCCAAUGCGAGAUAUGAAAUAUGGCACCUUAUGCGUGCUCGCCGAAUUCGAGCCACAAUUGACGGGAAUGGUAUUCUCCAUACUCGCACUCCGGACCCAGUCACCUUCAAGAUUUGUCGCGAAAGUCGUUUUGCAACUAUAAAGUUUUAUCAGGAGCCCUACCAGCUUGCCAGCCAUCCAGCUAAUGGUACCAUUGCCGCUCUCCAUGGCCACUACUUUGACCCCAAGGUUGACAAGAUCGUCCUGCACAAGCGAAAUCCCGGUGAUGCUACUCUCUUCAUGCAGUACUCUACGAGCAACAAAAGAGAAGAACUUGGGGUCGUCCAAUCUCUAGAAGUCCCACGUUAUGACUGGAGUAUAUUGAUGUUCGCCGGUUGGAAGGUAUGGUCUGAGGGUUUCUCGUCCCACCUCAGCUAUUUCCGCUGCUUCAGAGGUUUGGAGGAAUUGGUUCUGAUUGGAGGGGGUGAUGGAUUGCGUACUGAGCAAGAGCAAAGAGAGUGCAAAGCUGCCUUCAAAAGAGUCUUCGAAACCUUCAACACCUUCUACUCCGAUUACAGCAUCCCAAAUAUCAUUGUUAAGAUGCCAUAG